GAAAAAACAAAAAGGGAAUCAGCAAAAACAAAUAGUUUGGUUGAGUAAAGUGUGUGAAUGUAGUAAAUUUGGGUGAUAUGGAAUUUAAUUUUGAUGAUAAUUAGUUUGAGCGGAAAAUGUGACUGUGAGGGGGUGUUAGUGUUACCCUAGGAAAAUAAAAAUUGUAUAGUAUAUAGUGUGGUGUGGUGUGUCCCUACUGAGCAUCUGAGAUAAGAGAAGCCCACCACAAGAGGAGCAGAGGCACCGCUGAAACAGAAACAGAGUGAGAGAGAAAGUGUUUGUAUUUUGUAAUGGAUAAAAGCUGUCAUCCCUCUGCAGACUCUAAUACUAGCAUAACCAUAACCGCAUCCUCUGCCUCUGCUGCCAACAAUACCAACAGGGAACACUACCUCAGGCACCUCAACAAGCUCUCGCAGAAGAUCUCCAAGCCCAUCACUAAGAAACCCACCUUCGACCCACCCCAGCCCCAGCCAAACCCGGUCCACGGGCACGGGCCCGCCCAGCAGCACCAGCCGCCGGUGUACAACAUCAACAAGAACGACUUCAGGGAUGUGGUUCAGAAACUGACGGGCUCACCUGCGCACGAGCGCAUAUCCACACCCCCUCCCAUUCACCAGCCCAAGCCCCCCAGCUCUCGGCUGCAGAGGAUUCGCCCUCCUCCCUUGCCGCAAAUCACCAACCGUCCUCCGCCGCUCAUCAACCCCCGCCCUCAGCAACCCAACGUCAACGUCUUCUCCAGGCCCCCUGCGCCCUUAUCUCCGCUGCCGCCCUUCCCCACCGUUCACGCGCCUGCUGAGUCCCCUAUCUCCGCCUACAUGCGCGAUCUGCAGAGUAUCGUCGAUUCCAACAAGCACUUCUCCGGCUUCUCUGUGGCUCCUCAGUCUCAGUCUCAGCCUCUGCCUCUGCCUCCGCAGCAGUUUCAGCAGCAGCAGCAGCAGCAGCAGCAGCAAGGGAUGGGUUCUUCUCAAGCGGCGUUUCAGAUGCCGUCUUCUCCUGUGCCUUUUGGAUGUCUGAAUUCGCAGCUGGCGUCUUACCCUCUGCUCUCGCCGGGUCUUCUCUUUUCACCAACUUCAGGCCAGGGGUUUCCUCAGCUGCCGCUUUCGCCCACCACCCUGCCCGUUCCCAGCCCCCGAUGGAAAGGGAUUUGAUUUCGCUCUGGGCAGGUCACUGCUUUAUUUAGCCUAGAUUUUAGGUUUAGGGUUGUUCUUGUGUUACCUGUACAUGUACAUGGUCAUGGUGCUGGUACUGGGGAUUAUUCAAUUUCCGGUGGUUGGACUCAAACUGGUCCGCUGCUGCUUAGUUUAUUUUAUUUUAUUUCUGUAAAUGGGAUAAUCAAAGACAUCAAAAGGGAACAGUUUUGCAUUGGUUCGUGCUAUUAUCAUGUUUGCGGGAUGCAAAAACAAAUUAGAUGUUAUACAAUUAUAGUGGGAUUAUGCUCUUUUUAUUAUCAAUUAUCAAUAUAAUUAAAAUCUUUAUUUGCUUCA